AUGCGCUUGAAAUUGAUGGAGGCCAGUUUUUCCAACCUGAAGCUUUGCAUCCUGUACGUUGUAGUGACUGCCUGCCUGUUUCACAAAGGUAAACUAAGCAUAAGAGGCCGCAUUUUCCAUAAUGCGAUGAACAAUUAAUUGUUUCAUCGCAAGCUUGGCUUAAACCACAGCUAACAAAAUAUGGCCCCAACGGUCACUAACAUUGAAUCUCACCAAUUAUAGCUAACUUUGUUUAGAAUUUUACUGUCUGAGUUUGUAGCGAAAGAGUUAGUUAAAAGUAAGAUGGAACAGACUUGCUUUCCAUUUUUGUUGCGCUAGACAAAUACUUUUUUCAUCGUACAUUUGACACCACAGCAACAAAGAGAUAAAACUGAUGACCAAAAUGAAAAUGGGCCCUAAUUGUUCGGUUUUUUUUUUUUGCUUUGAAUAAUGCUUAAAGGAGGGCUAAUGCAUGGUGUAGUACACAGUUCUUUAUUAAGGAGACAAGUGAGCCGAUGAAAUAAGUCGACCAUAGUUUGAGUAGAUCAGUCUUAGUCCAAAGGAGGAUUAUUCAAGUAUCCCAUGAUGCAGCCGGCCAAAACAUCGCUCAGUCGGUGUCAAAUUUUCUGAACAAUUCGAAAGACUUUUGGCCAAAUUUAAAGUUCAUCAUUCUUUUUUUUCUUGUCUAUGGUUAACUUUGACGUCGCUCUCUCUCCUUCGUAAUCUCCGUUAUGAGCAGGAAGAAGAUUGAGCCACGCUUGUUGGGUUUACGAAGUUGGAGACCACGACAACAAUAUUCGGGCUGCAGCUUCUUCAUCGCCUUCUCUCUCAAAGCAAGCUAUACAGUCUGAGUGGAAUAACAAAAUAUCACAGUUAACGAACAUUUGUACCUGGAAAGGAGUGAAAUUAAAAAUAAUUGAUGGUCAAAACAAACUUGCUCAAACUGUUAGCUCCGUUUCCUGAGGUGGGCGGGCCAAUAUUUCUUCCAUGAAGACCGAUCGAUCUUAAAACUAGGCAGCAGAAGAGUGGAUUUGAUACUGUAUUUAUACUAACCUUGUGAGUGUACUUCGACUUCACUUUGAUUUCCACUGGGAAGGCUUGUCCUCACGCACGAUCUUUCAGCUUGGCAGAUCCGAGCGCACAAAAACACACAUCUCGUCUUUCUCGUGAUUUUUUGGGAAAACGUAUGCACUCCGAUCCAAUACUCUUAGAAACCUUCAUCAAGCUAAAUUUGGUGGAUUAAUGUACACUUGACAACCUAAAUCCAAACACUAGACAUAAACAAGCGGCAAUGAGGCGAUCAUCGACCAGUCCUCGUCAAGCAAUUCCAUGGCAAAUGAAGGGUCACGUGCGCAAUCUCAUUUGAUAAUGUAGUUGAUCCGCGUUGCGUCAUGGAAUACCUGAAUAAUUCUCCUUUUCUUAGUCCUAAUCGUCUCCUAACGACUACUUAGGGAUGAUGAUUUAUCGUCAUAAAAUGCCUUAGGGGUGGAUACUCGAUUUGAUCAUAUUUACAUGUAUUUUGCGCAAUAUAAAUAUCAAAUUAUUAUUAUUAUUAUUAUUAUUAUUAAAGUUUAAUACGGGAAGUCUCCGCCCCGAGGUCCAACCCCCUAUCCUUUUAUAUGCUAUUUAUUGACUGAAAAGGAAUCCCUUUCGUAUACCUUUCUAUUGAAAAAUAGUACCCCUUUCACAUAACUAGAACUUUGCAUCCCUUUUAAUUGCUGCAAAUGCACUAAAUCUCUAAAUCCCAACACCAGAACGUUUUCUCGACUUUUUCACAGGUAUAUGAUGCAUCCGUAAGCCCUUUUAGGCCUUUUUACAGGCCGAAAUGACAAAUUUCCCUACCCUUUUUAUAUACUUCAAACAGUAAAAUCACAUCUUUUCAUAUACCUGAAGCCUGAAAAAGGUACCCCUUUUCGGGCGGAGCCUUCUUGUAUAGGGAGAUCCCCCCGGGAAUAAAAGCUGUCUGCCUACUUUGGAACUUCUAACCGUUUUGUCCACCUUUGGCUAAGAAAGGCGAUGAGUACAAGCGCACUGUCUGCAACAGAUUCUGUUCAAUUAACUUACUAAUUGAUCUCCAGAACGCAGGCGCCAGAAUUUUUGCCUGUUUUAGAAAUUAAAGUACCUGUCCGGCACUUAAAAGUGCGCGCGGUGAUUUUUAACCAAACAUUGUCGAGCUACUGAUCGAGCCAGUUUUGUUGCAAUAUUUCAUGAUUAUCGCUGAAGAUCGACUACCUCCAAGAGAUUGUUUUAAUUAGGUAGAUGACAUUUGGUUCGACGCUGUUGAAGAUAUGUAUUAGUGGUGUUAUGGCAUUAUUUACAUAAGACGGUUUCGAUUAAGGCGACAAUCUAAACAGGUACUUCGCGCGCGGCAACUAUGUACGCACCUAUUCAGAGUCUGACUCACGAGAAAAUGCAAUGAAGGGAUGAACUACUAGCUUUUGGCUUGUAAGCUCAAUUUCUUAGGGUGUCACUCAAAAGCAGAAUACAGAGUUUCCAUUUUUAUGGUAAACUAAACAAGCGCGUUAAGUUUCUCGUGCAUCAAUUCGAAGUUGCAGAGCUGAAGGCCCGUGUAUGUAGUUAUAAAUGACAAAGAAGCUCUGAGAUUACACAUCAUGACUUUCAAAUAUUCAACCAACCACCGUUUUCUUGGAAAUAUCUGUUAGGAGCUCUUUAGCGCGCCUUAAAUUUUGUGGCUGUUCGUUGGCGUCAGAGUUUCGGCAUUUGUAUGUUUUGUUCACCUAAGAAUUUCGUAGCCCUUUUAUUUGAUUAGUGAUUGUUUAGCUUCAAAAUUCUCAUGGAAAAAAAAUUUUGCUGUUUAUAUUUGAUCAAGGUUCCAGCCAUCGUACACCUAUCACUGUUUGUCAUCACUUUGCCAAAAAAAAAAAUUCUUAAAUUUUUAAAACAAUUUUUUAAAAUCACCUUUAUCAGCUCCAGAAAUUUUUACAGUACUCUAAAAACUCUGAAGUAGUUUCUCUCGGGGACGCCAUCAUCUACUCAAGGCUGGCAGAAUUUGGAUUAGGCUUUUGCUCACUAGAGGUGAAGUACCUUUAAUCCCUAAUGAGAUGAACAUUUUUAAUUUUUUUCUUUUUUACGGAACACAAUACAAAAAAGUAGCAAACCAAAUGACAAUUCCAUUUUGCUAUCCAUUUCCUCAGUGCAUCCAACUGCCAUGCCAGUUUAAUAAGUUUGAUUAAAUUUAAAUAAGUUAUUUUCCUGUUGAUAUGCUUGUAUAACUAUAAAUACUUUACAUGAUGAUUCAUUUUUGUUUCCGCCUGAUUCAAAAUUUAGCUGUGUUUUUCAAUUCAUUUUUGUCAAAAUUUGACCGAAAUGAGAGAAAAAACGGAAAAUUACUAAAACACGAACGAAAUAAAACGUUCAAAAUUGUUUGCGAAGGUGAAUGAUUGAGAAAUAGAAAACUGGCGGUUGCCAUUCUUCCCCUUCAUUUUUCCUUCGUUUUGGUACAUUUCCCAGUUUUUAAACACUUUUGUUUCCUUUGCAGCAAACAGCUUAAUCUGCAGUAAAUGCAACAGCAACAAGUCAUACGAAGAGUGCGCCGCAAAUGCAACAACGGUGGACUGCGCAAUGGACGAUGCGCGCUGUGUGCACUUCAACUAUGAGGUGUCUCAAGAAAACUCCGGCCAAAAGACAACAUGGUUUGGCCUAGGAUGUGUGGCUAAUGGAGAAUGUUCAAGCAGCUUUUUUCCGCCUUGUAAGAGCCUUGCAGAAGGAGCGAGGGAAGAAGAUAAGAUGAAAAUCACCUGUCACGUGUCAUGCUGUGGAAAUGAUUUUUGCAACUCACAAGUUUCGUUUAACUUUUCAGUGCUGGUUUUGCUGAUGUCUCUCUUUCUGCAAUUAUUUUUAAAAUCGUUUAGUCAAUAA